AUGUUGCCCAGCGUCAAUUGGAUCCUAGGGCUCGGCCUCCUAAGCGCCAACGUUGCACGCUCAGUUGAAUUAUCUGAACAUGCACAGGCUCUAUUUGAUCAGUCCAUGUCCUUUCAGGACCAGAUCUACGACCCUGAGGCAUCAUAUCUGCGUUACUUCUACUACCCUUUGGCCGCUGGUCCUCAUGAAACCCGGUCAACGGUUUGGUAUUCCAUAGGGCUCCUUCAACGGAACCAUGGGGACGACGUGAAGGAGGCCGUGAAGAUUCUUGAGAACGUUAUCGGUGAUCAAGAAAAGAACUCUUCGGUGCAGUGGUAUGGUGAUUAUACGGUCUAUCCUGAGCAGCCGACUGUGGGAAGUGCUGCGUAUGCUCCAGAUAUUUAUAACUCUUGGGACCCCAACUGGAGAGGCUUUAUUGGCACGGCUUUGAUCAUUAUUUAUGAGGAAUUUGGAAAUCUAUUGCCAACCAAAGUCCAAAAUCUGAUCCUCGAAAGCUUGCACAACAAUACCGUCGGCGACACCUAUCGUGUUGGCGGUGUCGAUGGCGACAAUCUAUACCCAGCCUACUCAAAUGCUUGGCUCAUGAGAACCGUGGCCAGCUCCUGGACCGGACUCAAACUCAACGAUUCUAACAUGACAACCUCUGGCGACAAAUGGGCCCAGGACUUCCUGGAUCUAUUCGAUCUCAAUAACACUCUGUCCGAAUUCAACGGCCCAACCUAUGCCGGUGUGUCACUUUAUGCACUCACAAUUGCAGCCAAAUAUCUCUCGUCCACAGAAUCCGUUAUCGGCCAGAAUGCCCAACGCGUUAUUCAGGAUAUCUGGGACUACGAAUCCCUACUGUGGAACCCCAACAUGCGAAACUUCGCCGGUCCCUGGGACCGCUCCUACGGCUAUGACAUGAAUAAGUACGUCGCUAUAAUGUCUGAAUGGAUCUGGGCCCUGAUUGGCAAGGAGCAUGUCUGGCACUACAGCUCGCCUAUUGGCACGAUGACGCAUGCCGAUGACUUUGAAUUAGCACCUGUCAUUGCCGUGCUCUCUGAAUUCCAUAAGAGUCUUCUCCCGAAAACUGUGAUAUCGCGACUCAAGUCCUUCGUCGGCGAGCAUACGUAUACCGGACAUACGUUUGCUCCUCCCGCGGAUUACGAGCCAAGGAAUAUAACAACUUGGGUAUCCGCAAAUCUGACCAUCGGCACGGACUCAUUCAAUCAGAGCGUCGUCGGCGGGUAUUCAGAGGAUUCGACUUCCUUCAGCCCUUCGGUUGUGCAAUGGAUACGCCCAGGCGGGUCAAUCGGAUACUUCAAUUUGCAUCCUUCAGAAACCGCUUUGAAGGCUGAUGUGGCUCCAUACGCGUUGAAUUUGACGUAUCCCCUCGGCAAUGAGACGAGUAGCUUCACUUUCGUUCUUGCAUCGAAUCCGUUGGGGUCAAAGCGUGAUAUCACUGGCUUUGAAGAUGUUGAUGGUUUGAAGAUUGAUGUUGUUGGUGGUACUGUUGAUCCUGUGCCUGAAAUAUCGUUCUGUGGGUUGGUUGGUGGAACUUGUAGUAUUGUCCAUAACUUUGAAUUUUGGAAUUUGACGUUCAGCAUGCCGGCGAAUAGCUCGGAUGUUCCUAGCAUCCAGUUCAAGUUCACACUCGAGUGA